GUCGAAUGCAAGGUAUUUUUUACCAAUUAUGCGAAUCUCCAACAACGUUUUGACCAAUAGAAAUGCCCCUCUGUAUAAAUUCUGAAAUAUAUUUCGAAUACACUAUUUAUUGUAUCCAUCCCACCACCACCUUGCAACCCACAGGCACAUGCAGGUGGAGCAGACUACCUAGUGUUGUCCACCGCACACCACUGAAUGCAUCUGGCUGUGAUGAGCUGGCUCAUGCUACGGUUCCUGCCGAUCCUUUGACCCAUACUUCCAGUUGGUGGGCAUCUUGUCGUGAAUGCUCGUGUACAGCGCCUUGCGUUGGAGGAACAGGUACUCGUCCACUUUCGAAAGCGGUCGAAGGAGGGCCCAGAACACCCCAAAGACCAAGAUCCCGACACACAUGAGAGGGAGGAGCGUCACCCCCGCGAUGAAUCCCGUCAAGACAAACGUGAAUGCUGUGAUCGAAAACGCCGCCGACAGCGUGUGCAGUAUGAUCAAGCCGACAGUGGACGCCGCGUUGGACAGUCCGUGAUGAAGCCACGUCAUCGUGUGCGACUUUGGACGAGUUGCAUGCGACAAUGAGGUUGGCGGGUAGGGAGCAUGGAUGGGGGUCGAUGCGGCAAUGUAGACAGGGGAGUCGACUGGAAUGGCGACGGCCACGGCCGGCUGAAGGGUAGACUUGGG